AUGGAGGCACUCGGCUGGACCAAGACCCGAUGGCCCUGGCAACAGUGUCUCCUCGGGCUGCUGCUGCAACUGUUUCUGGCUCUGUGCUUCUUCUCUUACCUGCGAGUGUCCCAAGACACGCCCUUGUGGUCCGCCAGGUCGGGGGCCGAUGCGGCAGAAGCUCUCGACGCGGCUCCCAACGGGUCCUCAGGGAUGGUGUCCUCCCAGGGGGCGCCCUGCCUGACCCCCCCUGGGUCCUCUGCCCGCCCGCCCCUGGUGCUCCUGCUGUGGACAUGGCCAUUCAACCGCCCCGUGCCUCUGUCCCGCUGCUCGGAGCUGUGGCCGGGCACGGCCGACUGCCGGCUGACUGCGGACCGCAGCGCGUACCCUCAGGCGGACGCGGUGCUGGUGCAUCACCGCGAGGUCAGCUACAACCCGAGGAAGCAGCUCCCCACGUCCCCACGGCCGCCGGGCCAGCGCUGGGUCUGGUACAGCAUGGAAUCGCCCAGCCACUGCGCGCAACUGAAGGCCCUGGACGGAUACUUCAACCUCACCAUGUCCUACCGCAGAGACUCGGACAUCUUCACACCCUAUGGCUGGCUGGAGCCGUGGCCCGGCCAGCCGGCCCCCACGGUGGUCAACGUCUCGGCCAAGACGGAGCUGGUGGCCUGGGUGGUGUCCAACUGGAGGGAAGACUCAGCCAGGGUGCGUUACUACCACCUGCUGAAAGCUCACGUCCAAGUGGACGUGUAUGGACGCUCCCACAAGCCGCUGCCGGAGAAGGCCAUGGCCCAGCAGCUGUCCCGGUACAAGUUUUACCUGGCUUUCGAGAACUCCUUGCAUCCCGACUACAUCACCGAGAAGCUGUGGCGGAACGCCCUAGAAGCCUGGGCCGUGCCCGUGGUGCUGGGCCCCAGCAGGAGUGACUACGAACAGUUCCUGCCCCCCGACGCCUUCAUCCACGUCCACGACUUCCGGAGCGCCGAGGAACUGGGCCGGUACCUGCAGGCGCUGGACAAGGACCACGCCCGCUACCUGAGCUACUUCCGCUGGAGGGAGACGCUGCGACCUCGGUCAUUCAGUUGGGCCCUGAUGUUCUGCAAGGCCUGCCGGAGGCUGCAGCAGGACUCCACCUACCAGACUGUGCCCAGCAUAGCUGCCUGGUUCACGUGA